AUGCCACCAAAAUCACCCUGUCUCUCCACAAAUAUUCCUAAUCGGAUUCAACGUCAAAAAUGUCAACUAGGUAAUCCAAUUUCUCAAAAUUCAUCAGAUGAUAAUGCAACAUCAUUAUCAUCUAUUGAACAAUCACGAGAUGAUCAGUCAAAUAUAUCUAUUAUACCAAUAAAUCGACAUCAUUCUCGAUCAUAUUUGACAUCACCACGACGUCAUCAUACAAAAGAAAACAUUAGUCAUAUAAACAAUGAUUAUUUUUCACAAAAUCAAAUAUCAUCUUCUCAAGUUGCAGUCGAUUUUCGAAAACGAGUUCAUGGUAUUUAUGUUCUACCUGUUUCACCUGCACUUUCAUCAUCAUCAUCAAUAACAAAUACAGAUGAAAUAAUAAAAAAUCGUUCGAAAACAAUGCCUAGUCGAUCUCGAAGACAUUUAUCAUCAUCAUCAUCAUCAACAACAACAGCAAAUAUUCAUCAUGAUUCUACAUAUUGUGGAAUUCAAAAUGAUUGUUUUACUGAUUCACCAAAACCAAAAGAUCGUACAUUACGUUAUAUUAAACCACCUUCACAACCUCCACCAUUACCACCUAUAAUUUCACAAGUACAUUUUAAUAAUAAUGAUAAAUCAUCAUUGAAACAUCAUUCAACUACAGCUAAUCUAAAUCUCAAUUCCAUUGCUCUUCAUUUUAGUAUAAUUGACGAAAAUCAAAUGAAAAAAGUGUCACCACCACCUGUACCUUAUCGAUUACGAAAACCUUCACAAUUACCAAGUGGAUUAGAAGAACUAACAAAUCAGACUAGUUUUAAAUUCAUAGCAGAAUCAUCUCCACAAGGUGAUUGUUCAGAACAUACAUGGCCAAAACCACCUGAAUUUAUGUCAACAUCAGAAAUCAGUGGACCAUUGUCAAUAUCCUAUGAUCCUUUAAUCCCUACAACAGAUAUGCAUCAAAAUAGUACAACAAAUAUUUUUCAUCAAUAUCAACAUGAUGAAGAUUCAAUGUUAACAGAAUCAGAAACAUAA